UAACAAAACACACUUGCCCGAACCCCCUCUGACAUAUUCUUGAGGAUUCAUUGCCAACCCAAAAAGUGUGAAUUAGUUUAACCUUUAUUUCUGAGAUGGUCGCAGUGCUGCAGGUGGCACCGGAGGUAGAUUUGGAGAUCUUGCUGUUCCCCUCAGGACGCCUGAAUAGGGUGUGAAAUAGUUGCCGAUUGCACCGGUGGGAAUUGUGUUCGAGUCGGGUAUAGAUGAGAAAAUGGAUUCAUGCCUAAUACUGCGAGCGACACUUUUCGGGAUGCUGUUUCUGGGACUUCUCACUCCGGCACAAACUAAAGGGGGGUGUGUUUGCAAUGAGAAAUCAGGAUGCAACUGUCAAGGACUUAAAGGACAAAAGGGUGAUAUGGGGAUCCCUGGAUUUCCUGGUGCAGAGGGAGCUCAGGGGCAUCGAGGAAAAGAAGGCCCUCCUGGACACCGUGGUGAAGAUGGAAGACCUGGAUAUUCAGGCCUACCUGGACCUAAAGGUCCUAGGGUACGGAGUGUGGACACCAGGAUUCCCUGGCCCACCAGGACUACCAGGAUUUCCUGGGAAACAGGGGCCGAUGGGGGCUCAUGGCCUGCCAGGAUGCAACGGAACAAAGGGUGAGCCUGGUCCUCCAGGCUUUACAGGGCCGAUCGGACCUCCUGGGUUGCCGGGAAGUCCAGGAAUCCGAGGACAGAAGGGAGAAUGCUAUCACUUCCCACUCUCUCAACAACUGAAAGGAGACUGUGGUGUUACAGGAAGAAAUGGAGAUCAAGGACCACCGGGAGUAGCAGGGUUUCCUGGACCAGUUGGACCAGAGGGGCCUAGAGGCUUACCAGGAAGACAAGGCUUACCUGGACCGCAAGGAGAGAAGGGUAGAGAGGGUCAAACCAUGAGAGUACCAGGACCCAGAGGUCCAAAGGGGGAGAGGGGACCCCCUGGUACACCAGGAGAAAAAGGCAUAAAGUUAUUUGUAUCAGGACCAAAGGAGCCUAAGGGUGACACUGGGGAUCCUGGAGACACUGGAUGUCCUGGCCCGCCUGGUACUCGUGGUUGUCCUGGUCCUAAGGGGCAGCCAGGGGAAAUUGGGUAUCCUGGGGGUCCGGGUAAACCUGGAAAGGAGGGGCUGCACGGAGAGGAAGGCCCCAAGGGAAUCAUUGGAGACAGAGGAUUUCCAGGACCUACUGGAAUAAAAGGAGAAAGGGGUCCAAAGGGUGACUGCGGUGCCCCUGGUGCCCCUGGAGAGUACAUUGUAAUACCGGAAGAGGUCAAAGGUCAAAAAGGUUCUUGUGGGCCUCCAGGACCUCCUGGUCUACGAGGUAGUGAAGGUUUCUGUGGUAUUACUGGAUAUACAGGUCCUCCAGGGAUCGGCAUACCAGGACCUACUGGAACACCAGGUUCUCCAGGCUAUAGAGGUGUGAAAGGAGAAAAAGGAGAUCCUGCACCUAACAGCAGUGGACCCAAAGGAUUUGACGGCCCAUCGGGGAAACGAGGACCCCCUGGUGACCCCGGACCUCCAGGAAUUUCAAAAAUCGACACCCGCUGGGGCCCAAAAGGGUUCACGGGUGACAUAGGCCUAACAGGCCCUCAGGGUCUGCACGGAUGUGCUGGCAUACCAGGUGACCAAGGAGAGCUUUGCAGACUGUGUGCUAGUUCUGCUGAAGAACCUGGACCUCCAGGACCACCUGGAUUUUCAGGCAACCCAGGAGAGCCAGGUCAUGGAGGACUUCAAGGCAAUAAAGGAUUCCAAGGCUGCAAAGGUCCAGCAGGUCCACCUGGUCCUUCGGGUUCCUUAGGUCGUCCAGGAUUUCCAGGGCCUCCAGGGCCCAAAGGAGACCAAGGAAUAAGGUCUGAGUUUGGGGAUAAAGGCCAGAAAGGAAACUGUGGUGUAGAAGGACCACUGGGGAUAAAUGGACAAGAUGGCAGGCCAGGCACCCCUGGCUGCAAAGGACCAGCAGGAGUAAAAGGAAACCCAAGUCCUCCAGGUCCUAAGGGCAAACUAGGAGAUCCAGGGAUUUGUGGAGAGCCUGGCUGCCCAGGUCCAAUGGGCUGCCAAGGGUCAAUGGGUGUUGGGAAACCAGGGCCACCUGGAGAGAAAGGAUGUUUGGGAGUAUUGGGCCGGCAAGGAAAUCCUGGAGAACCAGGUGAGAAAGGUUCCCCAGGACCAGUACAAAUGAUUCCAGGAGACCCAGGUGAGCCUGGACUGCCUGGUCAACCUGGUCGACCAGGACUUCAAGGUAAUGAAGGUAAUACAGGAGUUCAAGGAUGCCCAGGAUUAAAUGGGGUAAAAGGAGAUAAAGGACCGUCAAUUCCAGGAUUUCCUGGAUAUACUGGUCCCAAAGGUGAUAAGGGCGUAAAAGGGAAUCCAGGUCCACCUAGUUAUGGAUGUGUAGGCCGUCCUGGACCCCCAGGACUACCAGGAAGUCCAGGUGCAAAGGGUGAAAUAACAUUUGGCUCCCCGGGGCCAAAGGGUCGGCAGGGCUUGCCAGGAGAUGAAGGGAGCCUUGGUCCAUCAGGAAUUUGUGGCCCCCCUGGAUUAUCAGGAUGUCCAGGUCAAAAAGGAAGGGAUGGAGCACCAGGAGACAGUGGUGUGCGGGGUCCUGAUGGUUUGCCUGGACAGGCUGGGAUUCCUGGAUGCUGUACGCCAGGAGCCAAAGGUGACGAAGGGCCCUUAGGCAUUAGAGGGCUAGAUGGACCCACUGGGCUGCCAGGGCUGAAGGGGCCACGAGGUGAAACUGGACCACCUGGACAGGGUUUACCUGGUAUACCAGGUGUUACUGGAAUACCUGGGAAAAUCGGAGAUUCUGGUUUGACUGGUGUCCGGGGGCGAAAAGGUUUCCAAGGUCGGGAUGGUUCACCAGGUUGUCCAGGUUCACAGGGAGAUCAGGGAUGUCCUGGAAUGGUUGGUCCACCUGGAGUAGAUGGAAAUCCUGGACCACCAGGAUGCCAGGGACCCAAAGGUUUAAUGGGUAGAAAUGGAGUGCCAGGAAAUCGUGGAAAACAUGGGGGUCCAGGAGACCCUGGAGCCUGUGGUCCAAAGGGACUGCCGUCAAAUGUUAUAAACCCUGGGGAUCCUGGUGACCCUGGCCUACCAGGUCUUCUUGGUCUACCUGGCACUAAAGGGGAAUUAGGACUCCCAGGCAAUUAUGGACAAUGUGGAAAGAAUGGAAUUCCAGGCAGACCUGGUCCACCAGGCCCUCCUGGUGACCCUGGCCAGAAGGGACUUCCUGGAAAUCGGGGUCCUGAUGGAGCCUUUGGUGAUCAAGGAAUUAUAGGAUUUCCAGGAAUGAAAGGCGACAAAGGUUUACCUGGUGUUCGUGGGGAGACUGGGACUCCUGGUGUCCCAGGUCCAAAUGGACCAAAGGGGAUCAAAGGUGAUACCAGCUGUCCUGGGUUAGGGCCUCCAGGAGAACCCGGUCAAAAGGGUGAACCAGGUUGUCCAGGGCGUAAAGGGGAAAAGGGUGACAGGGGUAUAUGUGGGUGGAGCGGGCCCCCAGGUUUAUCAGGGGCUCCUGGUGAAAGAGGUGAAACUGGAGUACCAGGAGUGCCAGGACCCCCAGGAGCCCCUGGUGAUGAAGGUUUAGCUGGGUGCCCAGGUCCUCUUGGAUAUACAGGGCCCUGUGGUCCACCAGGUAUUUCAGGUUCAGCUGGAGAUUCAGGGCCUGUAGGAUUUCGUGGAGACCAAGGCAGGGAUGGCAUUCCAGGACCGGCAGGGGACAAAGGAGAUAGAGGGCCCCUGGGAAUUGGAGAUCCUGGCCCACGUGGCAUCAAGGGUGAGAAAGGUGCAAAAGGCUGUUCUGGACCCCGAGGGCCAUGUGGACCACCAGGACCCUGCGGUCAAGCUGGAGAUCCUGGGACUCCGGGCAAACCCGGGGAAAUGGGGCCAUGCGGGAUUACAGGUUCACCUGGUGUCUGUAUCAGUGGUCCAAAAGGGGAGCAAGGAUGUAAUGGAUCACCUGGGGUAACAGGACCCAGAGGACCACGUGGUCCUCCUGGCGAUCCAGGUCCAGGUAUAAAGGGAGAUAAAGGAGACAUUGGGCCCCAAGGGCUAGUGGGACAACCUGGUUGUGCUGGUGACCGGGGAGUUCCAGGGUUGCCAGGUAGAGAUGGAAAUACUGGUUUAAAGGGUCCAAAAGGAAAUACGGGGCCAUUGGGGUGUGUUGGGCCAGUCGGCCACAAAGGACAGUGUGGUCAAGCUGGGCGUCUUGGAUUAAAAGGUUGCAGAGGAACUCCUGGAGCUAAAGGGCCUAAAGGAUGUGAAGUUGUGGCUCAGGUCAAAUCUCUCCCAGGAGACCGUGGUCUUCCUGGACAAUUUGGGGAAAAAGGAGAACCAGGAGAACCAGGAGCUCAAGGCUUAGAAGGCUUAAUAGGAACACAAGGUCAAAAGGGCAGUAGUGGUGCAGAUGGAGUUCCUGGAUUUAGGGGGAUACCUGGACCGAAGGGAGACACUGGCCCAAAAGGACCAAAAGGUUUUCGUGGUGCGAUGGGCAAAGGAGGUCCCAAGGGUUUACGAGGUCCACCUGGGACAAAAGACGGUUUCCUUUUUACCAAGCAUAGUCAGAAAAUAAGUAUACCAGACUGUCCUCAUGGGUCAAAGCUUGUGUACUCUGGAUAUUCGCUUCUCUUCGUCAACGGCAAUAACCGUGGACAUGGGCAAGACCUAGGGACUGUGGGAAGCUGUUUGCAGAUGUUCUCCACCAUGCCCUUUCUGGUGUGCAAUUCCAACAAAACUUGUCAGUACGCCUCUCGAAAUGAUUACUCCUAUUGGCUGUCUACAGAUGCUUCCAUGUCUCCAACCAUGGACUUGAUAUCUGGUGAAUCGUUGGGUAAUUAUAUCAGCAGGUGUUCAGUAUGUGAGGCACCAACUAAUGUAAUAGCAGUCCACAGCCAGACCAUGGAAACCCCAGAGUGCCCUAGAGGAUGGUUUUCACUAUGGAAAGGUUACUCCUUUGUAAUGCAAACGGGUGCUGGCGCAGAAGGUUCCGGGCAGCCGCUGGUCUCUCCUGGAUCUUGUCUGGAAGAAUUCCGGAUGAUUCCAUACAUUGAGUGCCAGGGCAGUGGCCUCUGUAACUUCUUUUCUGAUUCCUACAGCUUCUGGCUUGCAUCACUUGAUCCUAGCAAAAUGUUCAGUAUUCCAAUCCCCCAGAAAACAAGACAGAAUGACAUCAGCCGCUGUCGGGUCUGUAUGAAGCAGUAGUUCUUAAGUCAGAGGUGACUUGAACUAUGAACUUCCAGCAGUCUUUUUUUCAUGACUUGUAUAAUCUCAGUAGGAUCCACGACGUUUACCCGGAAACAACUGGAUAUAAGUGAUUGUCAUUAUGUUUGCUGUGGUCCAGUGGUCCAAUUUAGUUUAAAGUGCCCCUAUUAUGGAUUAAAAAAGGUUCAUAUUUUGGUUUUGGGAGUCCCCAACAACAAGCUGACAUGCAUGCAAGGCCAUAAAACACUUUUAUUGUCUUAUAAUAUGCAUUUAUUUUUACCUUAUUUGCUCAAUGACUCCCAAACGGUUCGUUAAAGCGAAUCAUUCGUCCAAACCACUCCUUUGCUGACACUAAUCUGCGGGGAUUGGUCCGAUGACUUAGUCUUUUGUGAUUGGUUUAACGUUACUGCGUGCAGCGAAUUUCAAACACGGAACGCCCAUCACCGUUACUCUAGCCCACAACUCGGUGGUAAACAACAACACCCAAACAGCCACAGUAUAUGUGUCAACCCAACGCAGAAAUGUAUUGAUAAACUAAAUACGUAUUUUGCAUGAUACAGAGUAACGUUACAUGAGAGCAACACAUUUUAAAGGAUUACUCCACUUUCAGAAUAAAAUGUCCUGAUAAUUUACUCACCCCCAUGUCAUACACGACAUAAUGUUACACCAUAUAACACACAACUACGUAUUUUGAACGAUCGCUAGAAAAUACAACCAUCAAUUAUUAAUCACACUUACAGGUAGAGGUUCAGAGGAGCAAGACGGUCCAAAUAAACUGGUCACUGAUCCAUCUUUUAAGAGCAAGCCUUUGGUGAAUCCCGCAUUGCACUUAGGAUACAGCGUCUUCUCGACAUGAUGUAAACCAUAUGGAAAUUUUACUGUGUUUGUGGGCGGGCAAGUUGUUCGCAACAUAGAAUGUGGGUGGACAUUAUGCAAAUGUGUUACUUCAUGACGUACAGCCGUAACAGAAAAAGAUUUGAAUUCCUGACGACUCGUUCAGGCUAUUGUGAACCGACUCUUUUUUUUGAUAGACAAUAUCUUUAUGUAUCGUGCACUGUCGGCUUCACAACUUUGCAGAUAGUUUAUGUUCACAUACAGCUACAUGACACACUGCAUGAAAGGUCAUACUUGAAAAGGCAUAAUAGGAGCACUUUAAUAUAUAUGUAUAUACACUACCAGUCAAAACUUUUUGAACAGUAAGUUUUUUUUGUUUUUUGAAGAAGGCUCACCAAAGCCUGCAUUUAUUUGAUCCAAAGUACAGCAAAAACAGUCAAAUUUAAACUAAAAAAAUAACUAUUAUUAAAGUUUUCUAUUUGAAUAUAUUUUAAAAUGUAAUUUAUUCCUGUGAUCAAAUCUGAAUUUUUAACAUCAUUACUCCAGUCACAUGAUCCUUCAGAAAUCAUUGUAAUAUUCUGAUUUGCUGCUAAAAAAAAAGAAAUUAUUAUCACUAUUAUUAUUAUUAUUAUUUUUAUUAUUAUGUUGAAAAUAUAACGUCGGGUCUCUGAUAAAUGGAAAGUUCAGAAGAACAGCAUUUAUUUCACAUACAAAUAUUUUGUAAUAUUAUAAAUGUUUUAUCAUCACUUUUGAUCAAUUUAAAGCAUCCUUGCUAAAUAAAAGCAAUUUCUGUUAUUUAUUUUCAGAAAAAAAAAAAAAUAUAUAUAUAUAUAUAUAUAUAUAUAUAUAUAUAUAUAUUGACUCCAAGUUUUUGAGUGGUAUAGUGUAUAAUGUUACAAAAGCUUUUUAUUUCGUAUAAAUGCUGAUCUUUGGAUCUUUCUAUUCAUUAAAGAAUCCUGAAAAAAAGGUACUCAACUGUUUUAAAUAUUGAUAAUAAUAAUAAUAAAUAUAGCUGCAAGCAGCAAUAGCGGGGCCAAGCACAGCAAGGAGAACAGACCAACUACAACAAUGAGUAAUUAAAGCCAUUUUAGGAUGAUGUCAGUUGAAAUGGCUGAAAAAUCAUAAAUACAACCAAUAGUAAUAUAAUUGAAUGGCUUAUCACUUUUGACCAAUAGGUGGUGCUGUUUUCAAAUUGAUCUGGUGUGUUCUGUGUGAAGUAAAAAUGACAUUAUGUUUGGUGUCAUUAUGUCAAAACUUUACAGAGAUACAGCCUCAGAGUCAUUUUGGCAUCAUGCCUCAAAUGUAUUGUGGCGCUGUACGAAAACAGUUUUGUCUAUCGACACAAAAUCCAUAACUUUGUGUGAGCACAGUCUGAAGAUGAUUUGAGUCCAAUUUGGUGAAAAUCGGACCAACUACACUAAACGGAAACUGUUUCGUAUAUCGACACAAAAUCCAUAACCUUUUGUCAGCAAGAUCUGAAGAUGAUCCGAGUCAAAUUUGGUGAAGAUCGGACUAACGGUCUAGGAGGAAUUAGAAAAAGUAGGUUUUCAACAUUAAUCAAAAUGGCAGAUAGGAUGUUUGGCCAAUAUUGGCAUAAUGGGUAUCAAUGUUCUUGUUAAUUUCAUUACAGUAGGCUAAUGUAAACAGUUAUUAGCAUUUUUGU